AUGAUAUGCUUCAACCUAUUACGGGUUAAACUUGACAAUUAUAUUGGAAAACAAAAGUUGUCACGAGGACAUGUACCAGGUCCUGUAAAACAACUCUUUGCAGACGUUGUUGUAUUAAGCUUGUUCCUGAGUUUCGAAUAUCACAACACGAAUUUGGUACGUGCACUCUAUGACUUCAAUUCGAACGACGCGUCCAGCCUCUCCUUUCGUAAAAAUGACAUAAUUCAAGUAUUAACACAGUUGGAAUCUGGCUGGUGGGACGGAUUUUGUAAUGGUGAGCGUGGGUGGUUUCCAAGUAACUAUGUGACUACUUAUGAGGCUGACGACGAUGAUGAGCAUCAGUCUGAUUGGAUAACUCAAGAGACUCCAGACGGAGAAAUAUUUUAUUAUAACGUAAGAACUCAGGAAUCAACAUGGGAUUUACCAGCAGAUGAUAACGAAUCGGUUACUACAACUCGAUCAACUACACGCGAUAAUUCAUCAGUGCACGGUGGUAGCAGUACGAAUAAUCAUCAUAGUUAUACACAUCGUGCAGCUGAUUCACCUCGUUCAGGAUCAAUUAGUUCGUUGAGACCACCGAGACAAUUACCAGAAGAUUGGAUACAACAACCAACAGAAGACGGAACCACGUAUUAUUAUUUAAAUACAAAAACACAAGAAAUCCGGUGGACGUAUCCGGGUGGUGGAAGUAAUGGAGACACAAUGUUAGGAAAUGGAAAUAAUAAUGGUGAUGAUAAUAUGGAUUAUAAUGAGCCUUCUGUAACAAUGAAUGGAACAUCACAUUCAACAGCCAAUAAUAAUGUUGUAGAAUCGUCAUCAAAUAACUCUGAUGAUAUCGGAGAAAUUAAAGAUGACGAUGAAGAAGAAGCAAACGAAUCAUUAAGUAGUAACAAUAUAAAUCAUCAUCACCGUACCAAUUCAUCAAGAGUGGAAGAAGCAGCGGAACAAUACAAACAAGUACGAGAAGAGGAUAAUGAUGAAAAUGAUAAAGAAAGUAUUGCAAGUUCGAAAGGAAGUCGACUGAGUAUUAGUACAUUUGACACAUAUCAACAUCUCAAAAAAGAUGCGAAUGGCGAUGAAAUUCAAUUACCACCAAAUUGGGGCUCAAAAAUGACACCACAAGGUCGAAUUUACUACUUUAAUAAAUUAACUGAUGAAACAACAUGGAGUUUAGAUAAUGUUGAUAUGGAUACUGGUCAAUUACUCACCAAAGAUUAUGGUGAAUACGAAAAUAAUAAUCAUCAUCAUGAAAUUAGUGAUAUCAUUGAUGAACAUCAUCAAAUGAAUAAAUUACAUAUCCAACCAAUGGCAGCAUUACCACCAUCGCCACCGCAAAGACGUAAAUUUUCAACAGCGUCUAAAACUUCCGGAUCAAUACCACCACCAUCAAUAAAUAAUUCAACCCCUGCUGAUUAUCACUUACAAAUGCGGCAACUUCUUCAACAGCAACAGCAGCAGCACCAACAAGAAGAUAUGAAUCGACCACCCUCACCCCCAUAUAACGACACUUUAACAUGGGAAACUUUUUACACAUCAUGUACAAAUUCUAUAGUUGAACGUAUACGAAUCAUGUUAUAUGCUUCUGGAACGGUUGAAAAAGAAUCACCGGCAAUAAGACAAAAUUGUACGCUUAAAAUAUGCCACCGACACAUUUUGACUUCGUUAUCAAAAUUAGUAUUAUCUACAAAAGUUGCUUCGGGUGUUUGGCCACCACCUGAUGCAGCUCAAAAAAUGAAAAAUGAUGCUGAUGAAGUUUUAGUGGCUGUAAGACAAUUUGUACAAGCUGCCGAGCAUACUGUCGAAAUAAAACGUGUUGAUCCUCAAAUAUUAGAAAGUGCAAAUGGCGGUGCUUGGCGUGGUAAUAAUUUACCUCCUAAUUACCCUAAUAAUGGCACGAUAGUGACAAAUGGAAAAUAUAGUAACGGUGUUGCUGUUGAUGAUGACGAGAAUAAAGGAGAUUCGACGAACGGGGCACCACAUCACACUGGACCUACUCGAUCAUUAACACCAGAUCUACUUGCCUCACUCGAUCAUAUAUCAAGAACAGUCGCGAAAGCGAUAACAUUAUUGCUGAAUCAUAUUCGUAAGACAAUGGAUGCACCCCGGGGAGCAAUUGCGAGUAACGCUGCAUUCGCUCCUCAAUUAAUUGCACAAACACGUCAAGUUGUGACACAAGCUGGACAAUUUUUAAAUUUAAUUGAAGAUAUUAAUCUUGAAGAUUUAGAUGAGACAAGUCAAAAUUCGAUUAAGGAAUUCAAGAUUGUUAAACAAGCGUUAUAUAAUAGUAUCGCGGGUUUAGUCAUGUGUACUCAACAUGCCACUGAUCCAUCUGCUCCUCAUAAUGCCAUGGAACAAGUUUUAACCUCAACAAAUCUCGUUGAUAAAUCUGUAAAGGAUGUUAUUAUUGCCACGAAAUUUUUAGUGGAAGAAAAAGAUGCACAAGAUCAAAGACGUAUGCAAGCGAGUAUGAAAAGAAGAAGUAGUAAUACAACUGCUUCAACCACUUCAACGUUAAUAAUCAAUGAUGAUAGUAGAAAAUCAAAUGGUAAUGCAGAAGAUCUGUAUGAGGACAUAGAUUCGGAUUAUGGUACAGGCUUACCAACUGUACCCGAGGGUGAUGUAAUUCAUCAACAAUCCAAUAAUAAUAUUGGUGGUAAUAAUGAUGAUUUUGAUGAGCUUGCUUCACCUUUAUCCGAAGUUUCUUAUUCUGGAAAUAAUCGAAUCCGAUCGGAUAGUGCAUUAUCUUCAAAUACAUUCGAGAUAAAUAAUACUAAUAAUGGCAGCGCUAAUGGUAGUAAUGAUAAUAAUCAAGUGGAUCUUUAUCGAUCACACACUCAACCACAUCCAUCUUCACCUCCAAAUCCUGCACCUAGUACGUCAAAACUAGGAGCAUCAGGAACAAAAUCUCCGAGAGACAAUAAAAAAAUAAGAAAUUUCUUUGGGGAAGACAGCAUUCCAACUGCUCUCCAAACUUCUCGACAACGUGAAGAUAAACCAUGGUUCUUAGGUUACGAUUUUCAAGAGAAUGAUUUAAUAUUUAAUAUGGAACAAUCUGUUAAAGGUGGCACUUUGUCGGCUUUAGUAGAACGGUUAACAAUGCACGAUUUAUUAGACUCGAAUUUCAUUGCUACAUUUUUAUUAACUUACCGAUCAUUCACGACGACCGAUGAAUUCUUUAAUCUAUUAGUGAAAAGAUUUAUGAUUCAACCACCCGAUAAUUUAACACCUGAAGAAAUAGAAAUUUGGCAAGAGAAGAAACAAACUCCAGUUCGAUUAAGAGUGUUCAACAUUAUGAAGAGUUGGCUGGAAAAUUAUUAUAUCGAUGAUCAGGAUUCACAUUGCCUGGAAAAGAUGCGUGAUUUUGCCCAAUCUAUUAUGCAUGAACACAUGUCAUUUGCUGCCGUUAGUUUGAUUAAAGUAAUUGAAAAGAGGCAACAACAACCAAAAGAAACUAAUUUCAGAGAUAUGGUUCUUACUAAUCCUGGAUCACCACCAGCCUCAAUUCUUCCAAAGAAUAUGAAAAAACUGAAAUUUUUGGAUUUAGAUCCAUUAGAACUUGCCCGACAAUUAACGAUUAUUGAAAGUAAAUUAUAUAACAAAAUACGUCCCGUUGAGUGUCUGAAUAAGGCAUGGAGUAAAGAGACCAAAGAGGAAGGUGAAAUAGCUGAAAAUAUCAAGGCAAUGAUUGUUAAUAGUAAUCAG